AAAUUGACGACGACGUCAUAUUUUACUCUCAGUUGCCACCCAGAACAACAACGCAGAGCUGCAGGUUACUUCAAAGUCCAAAGGAUGGAUUUGGAUGAGUACUUCAAAAGAAUUGGUUUCUAUGCCUCCUGUGAUAAACUGGAUCUUGCAACACUGAAGCUGAUCCACAGACAGCACGUUAUGUCCAUCCCAUUUGAGAACCUAAGCAUCCACUGUGGCGAGAGGAUCACCAUGGACCUUGAGGUCAUCUUCAAUAAGGUCGUGAGGAGCAGCCGCGGAGGCUGGUGCCUUGAGAACAACUCCCUGUUUGGCUGGGUUUUGAGACAAAUGGGUUUCAACACGACAACACUGAGCUCCAGAGUUUUCAAUAGUUUCCUCAAUGACUUUGGCCCGCUUGACUCUCAUCUCAUUAACAAGGUCAACAUUGAUGGGAAGGCUUAUAUAACAGAUGUAAGCUUUGGGGUGUCAUCACAAGUGCGAGAGCCUUUGGAACUUAUUUCUGGAAAGGAGCAGCCCCAGGCAGCGGGUGUUUUUCGCCUCAUAGACAAAGGGGAAAUGUGGGUGCUGGAGAAGACUGGCAGAAAACCAGAGGUUCCUAAUCCAGAAUUUGCUACAUCAAGUCUGGUGAGCAGGAAGGAAACAAAGCAGAUCUACUGCUUCACCUUGGAGCCUCGCGGGGUAGAUCAUUUUGUAGAUAAAUGUCACAGGCUGCAGACCGACCCCACCUCACUGUUCACCAAUAAGUCCAUCUGCUCUUUGCAGACUCCCACGGGAUUCAGAGCCCUGAUUGGAAAGACCUACAGUGAGGUCACCUUCAAACCAGAGGAAGGUGUUGAUGUCUUAGACAUGAGGGACAUAUCAGAUGAUGAGAUAGAAGAAAUUCUGAUGGAAAAGUUCAACAUAAAGCUGCAGAACAAACUAAAGCUCAUGAGCAACAAAUCCUGGUACACACUUUGAAAACAAUCCUCGCAUAUCAACAUUUUAUGUUGAAGCUCCAUGAAUUAAAUUAUUUAGAUCUUCAGAAUUUUAGUUGCAUAAAAACAGAAAGAAAUGAGCUCUAAAUAAUGUGCACUGAAUGAUGGAACGAUAGAAAUGUGGAGAAAAAAACAACUCUAUUUGAAUUCCAAUAAUUCAAUUCAAUUUUAUUAUAUUCAUAUAGCGCCAAAUCACAAAAGCAGUCACCUCAAAGCACUUUAUAUUGUAAGGUAAAGACCCUACAAUAAUACAGAGAACACCACAACAAUCAAUUAUCCACAUAAUCAUUACAUAAUUAUGAAAAAUUAGGCAAAAAAACCCAUAAUCUGUUAAAGAAUAUAUACAUAUACAUAUACAUGUAGAUAAGAUGAUCUUUAUUAGUCCCAGAGAUGAGAAAUUCACAUUGUUACAGCAGCAAAGUACACUAAGCAGGAAAAUAUAAAUAGAUGCAGCAUACCUAACAACAGUAAAGCUAUGCAAGUAUAUAUGCCAGUAUAAAUAUUUUAAUUUCUAGUGUUAUUUUAGUGUAGUAGUUUACACAUUUGCUUUUCCCUUUGGGUUUCCACUAGGAAUGACAAAUCGAAGGUAGAGCCACCUGCUGUGGCAGCUCCUUGUAAAUAAUGGAGCAGCUGAAAGUAGCUUUAUUUGGAAUUAGUGGGAAGUGAAUAGAAGGGAGUAGAGGAGAAAUGCUCAGUGCAUUAUGGGAAGUCUGUCAGAAUAUGUAAAUUAGGCUUAAAACGUAUCUGAGUUUUAUCCCUAAUUUUAAAAGUAGAUAGGGUAUAUGUGCAUUAAAUAAAAUGAUUUACAGUAUGAGGGAAAGCAUUCCAUGUUUAUAUUUCUCUGCAUAUAAUAGUGAGUGUAGUGAUCUUAAUAUUUAUAACUACCUUGAAUGUUUUUGUGUCACUGUUUUUGUUUUAUGUUUGUAUAUUUAUUAAUCCCAUAUAUAAUAAUGCUUAAACUAAUUUAACUUAUUUCAUAGUAUUUAUUCUCAACCUUGUAAAACAGCAAAAGGUGAAAACUGAGUAAAUCUGAAGACAUCCUGACAAAAAACAAAAUCAUAUAUUGCUAGAAAGAGUAAAGAAAAAUAUUCACACUGCUUCUCUCCAGUUUAAUAAAUUCAAUUUCAAAACAUUCUUACAAAGGCAACAUUUUGAUCUUGAAAUGAAGAAAGAAAAUUCCGUGAAUAUUUCCAUUUUUCAAACUAUAUUACACGUUAAUCUGUUCACCAUUAUAAAAUUAUCAUAAUGCUUAUAUAUGAUAACUGAGUAAUUCACAGUAUUUUUCUGAAGCACAGCUAAACCUCUAAAACUGCUGCAGGAAAGUACCGAGCUUCAUGAUGACAGAGAAUGGUGAAGCAUUAAAAUGUCCUGUUUUGUGAAGUUGUUAUAGUGUCACAGGUUUAUACAAAGACGUUUGUAUAUCAAGUGAUUUGUCCUCAACGCCUCUACCUCUACAUGACUGAGACUCAGAUCCUCAUCUUGGCCAUCCAAAGGCAGUUCUUAGCAUAGAUCAACAUAUGUUAGAUAGAAUAACCUAAAUUGUAUUUUAACAGACUUGAAUGGACAGUGGCUCUUUGGAUUUCAAGAUAUUAAACAUACUUUGCUGUUUUAUUCUAUGUUCCGUGUCAAAGUUUCUUGCGUUUACAAAAAUGAUCUUGUCAAUACUGAUUAUUCUCUUCAAAAGAGAGCAGAGAUCAUAACACAUUAUGAUCCCUGCAGUGGGUGGGUCCUUUGACAGACAAAAAAUAAAUAAAUCAGCCUCUUUUAACAACAGAAAAUAUGCUUUUGACAGUCUUCCUCUCAGUAAGAACUUUUGUUUUUCUUUGGGAAACUCACCAGUUAUCCUGGCAGCUGCUCUGCCACAGUUUGCUGGUUUUAGUAGUGUACAAUGAAACUGACCAUGUUCAUUAAUAGAUAAUUAUGCUUCAAAUAUUACAGUUUAAGUGAGUUCUAAUCAGGCUGUACUGCUCAUACACAUCCAGUUGUUAGAUAAAAUCGACCUCACAUUUCACCCAUUUCAAAUUUUCUGCAUGAAUGGUCUGUCCACCAAGCUCCUUUUAAUAACAAACCUUUUGUAAAACCAACAGCAGGACUAACUAGAAAAGAAUCAGAGCAUAUAUUCUUUCAUAUGAUAAUAUUCAAGAGAAACUAUUUUGUUUUGUAAUAUCAUAGAAAUUGCCAUGAUAUGAAUAAUAUCUGUCAUUAUCUUAAGUAUACAUCAAUAAAGCAGUAGCUGCAAAAUCAUUGACAUUAUUGCAUUAAUGUGGGUGCGUUUUAUUGCCUGUGUACUGGACUUUUCUCUUUUGAGGCGAGGGAUGUGUUAUUUCUUCUUUCCAAAUGUGUAUAUAAUAUCAUUUAAAUGUGCUGCUGAAAGAACUUUAAUAACUGCAUGCAUACAAUUCUAUAAAUACUUAUUUCCAUGUGUGCAUUGUCUUCUCAUUAUUUCUUUCAGUGAAGCAGCUGAGUUGCACCAGCUCUAUCACUGAUUAACUUAUGAUCAAGUAAAUCAGUAAUAUAGCGUCAAGUUCUUUUGGCUGUUUAAGCUCACCCACUUUAUUGCAUGAAGUUCACCAGGUAGAAGAGAUCAGUUACUUCUCCCUCUUUUUUGCCUUCACAGAAAUAUUCCUCAGAAAAUCGUUUUGAUCACACUAUCAACAAAACCCACAAAACACAUCCUCGAUCAAACACCAAUCACAUAAGGUAAG